AUGUCCCGACGCCGCGCAGAAAGUUCAACAAGUAGCGACAUUGAGACUCUUUACAAUGAAGCAGAGGAUGAGUUGAACCAAGGUGAGGAUUCGGUUGAUAUUUUGGUUCAAGGAUAUUUGGAAACUACAACGAAGAUCGAUGGUUUUCGUGAUCAACCCCAUGAAAUGAGAGCUCUGGUGAAAAAAGCAGCCGAUGAUACUUUUUUUGAGCAAAUGGGAAAGCGGGAAGACGUUAAAGGAGCCUCGGAUAAAGUUGAGUAUCUUUUGAAAGACAAGUUCUCUGAGGAAAUCGCUGAAGAGUCGAGUGUGGAAUUAGUCGAAAAACCAUUUGUUCAGCCUUUCAAUGACACAGGCGCCGAAUACUCACAAAAGCUGGCUGAAGUAUCACCUACACCCUCCAAGUUCGAAGAGGCUACAAGCGCUGCAGCUUCGAUCGAAGAACAGACUAAUGCUAUCGAGAUUGAUUUGGAGCAACUUUUUGACAUCGACGAGGAAGGACAAACUCAUUUCAAUCGAGCGCUGCUGGAAAGUCUAUGCGAACAAGCGGGAUCAUUGCCUAUUGCAAUCAUCUCGACGACGGGGAAAUUCCGUGGCGGGAAGACAUUUUGGAACAACAUCGUGUUGAAGGGUUUACAGAAUGGAGUUGCCAUUUUUACAACAACAGAGUACAUUGGUGGUCAAGAUGGGAUUCGUUUCAAGGGUGGAUGGAGUCGGCACACCGCUGGGAUUAUGGUUUGGCCGAAAGUCUUCGUUCACAAGGACAAGAAUGGCGAAGAUAUAGCUGUAAUCCUUAUGGAUACCCAAGGCACAUAUGAUUGUCAAACAAAUCCAGCUCACUCGGCGAUCAUCUUCGUCAUCUCAUUGCUGAUGUCUUCGAUCAAGAUUUUCAACACCAGGAGCCAGAUUGACGCGCAAGAUUUGGACGCGCUUAAUCUCUUCAUUGAGUAUUCGAGAAUGAAUGAUAAAGCGAUCGGACAAAAUUUCCUUCUAAUGGUUCGUGACGCGAAUUGCUCUGGUUUCGAGCAAGGAAAUGAAUAUUUGUCUCAUAUUCGGAAUGCAUCAAUGAAUGCCCAUGACGUGAACCGCCUUGUGCAAGGGCUGUUCACAAGCUUUGAGAAAGUUCAAUGCUUUAUGGUCAAAAGGCCAGCUGAACACGUGAUCAACGCUAGUGGAGAGAUCAAAGCUGGAGAUUGUGGAGAAGAGUUUUUGUCCGGGCUAUGCGACUGCGCAAAUGACAUCUUGCAGAAUCUGGAGCCAAAAUUAGUGAUGGGCGUUCGACUCACCGGGCUCACCCUUCAAGAAUAUGUCAAGAAUCUCGUUGCACACUUGAAAAACGCUGAUCUCAAAGGAAUCGGCACGGCAUUUAGCGCGACAAAAGAAUUAUACUUUGAAAGGGCACGAACUGCUGGGAUUGAACAGUUUAAUUCUGAUUAUGACGAGUUGGUUAAAAAGAACGAUUCUCGCUCGGUUGUGCCACAAAAAUUUGAUGAUCAACUGAAAGAACUUGUGACAUCAUCGAUUAAUGUGUACAACAGCAAAACGCUUUUUGGGAGUCAGGAAGAAAAGGAACGAGUAUUUGCUGAGUUCAAAAGAUAUUUGGAGGAUCGGUGUGCUGAAAGAUCGAAGUCGAAUCGAGACCGCUUUCGGGAUCGACAAAUGAGUGAAGCUGUAGAUGGCAGCUAUGAUACGUACGAGGGAAUGAUGCGGCCAAACUUCAAAGACUUGUUGCAAGGCAAUCAAACUGUGGAGCGGUUGAGGGAGAAACAUGAGAAAGCUCAUAGACAAGCCAUGGACAAUUUUGAGACGGCGGUGGAACCUUUUAAUGAUGAAGAGAGUCUCGUCAAUGACAAGAGGGCUCUACUAGACAGAAUGAUCCAGAGUUGUUUCGCCAACCUGGAGGAAGAAAGUUUCGUCUCGCAGAUAAACUCGGAUCUGUCCAAGAAAAUUGCCGAAUUGCUUGAAUUUUACGAGACAGAGUUGAGAAAGUCGGUGGUGCAAGUGCACAAAAUGGAUCAAGCAGAGGAGAAGAUUGUGGAAAUCAAAGCAUUGCUUGAGGCGAACUACAAUGUUGAGAAAGCAAAAUUUGCUAUCCAAAUAAAGGAACAAAUGCCUAAAUUGGACAUUGAACUGAUCAACAACAUCAUCGACAAUUACAAUGAGAAAAGUGUCGAUUUGUUCAAGAAAUGUGAAGACACAUUCAUGAGCAAUGAAAGGAAAUAUGUCAACGAGUUAAAAGAGAAAUUAGACAAUGAAGUAAAGAAACGAGAACUUGAAGGGAAAAUGAACGACUUGAGAAAUAAUCCGAUGUGGAUGGUUCUGCAACAGAUGCAAGAAGCUACUGAACGUCGAAGUCAAGCUGCUGCUGAGCGGGAAAUUCGGUUGGAGGAGGCAAGGCUAGCUGUUCAAAAGAACCAAAGCCUCGCCAACCUCGAGAUCGAAAAGAUGCGAUUAGCUGCAGAUGAAGAAAAACGAAAACAAGAAAGGAUUGAUCGAGAAGUGGAAGCAAAAAUGAAAAGAGCCAAGGUGAAGGAAGAGACGAAACCCUCACCACCUCCACCUCCACCUUCACCUCCACCACAACCACCAAAAGCCCGUGGAUGGUUUGGA